AUGACUAUUCAUAGCUUUGUGUACGUAAUUAAAGGCCAAGCCGAGUCGCUGCUCGGGAGAAAAAGCUGUUUUGACUUGGGAAUAUUCAAACAAGUCAAAUUUGUGAAGCAGACUAACUCUAACUCUAAGAAGACUAAUGACCCAAGAUUGAACUCAUUAGUUAAUGAAUAUAAUGACUUGUUUCACGGGUUAGGUCAAAUUACAAAUUAUUCGCAUAAAAUUAAACUAGAUCCAAAUGUUAAACCAGUAAGCCAACGUCUGCAAAGAAUUCCCCUUAGUCAAAUAGAGCAGGUUAAUGAUGAAAUUGAUAAAAUGUUGAAGGAUGACGUCAUUGAAGAG